UUCACACUGUUCACAGUGCUGCUGUGUGUUUGCAGAUUAUCUUCCUACGUGCUAUUUUGUGUACAUUGUAGCCGCGGUUCUGGUGGUUGAAAAUGAGCGACAAGUUGUUUCUAGAUUUGAAUUGUAUUAAUCGUCUAGAGUCACUUAAAAAAUAAGUACAAUCUGUCACCCGGAUAGUGUUGACGUGUGAAAUGGCGUGGCUCGGUGAAGGACUGUCGAGCCUCUCAAAUUUGAAGGGGCAAAUUACAAAUUUCACAAAAGAAGUAUUAUCCGAUGGCAUCGUAGCUGAAAUCGAUGAACGUUCAAAAGAUCUCGAGGAAGCUAACGAAAGGUGUAACCAAUUACAAGAAAUACUAAAUUCUAAAGAAGCUGAAAUAUCAAUAUUAAGAAAGCAAAACACCGAGCUGCAGAAGGCAGUAGUGGAGUUUCGCGCGAAUACCAGCCAUGCCAAGAACAACGGCUCACAAGAUGAGGACGCCGGUGCUUUCUUUUGGGACCCGCCGCCGGCUUCCAGGAGUCGCGAAACUAAAGCACAGGCCCAGACUAAACUGCUACAGAACCAACUGGACCAAGCCACCGUGAAGAUCCGCGAUUUGGAAGCAGAACUCAAUCGCGUACAAACGCUCAUGCUGAACUCGUCAAAUGUGAAGGAUGACUUACAUCUCAAAGACGAAGGACUUUUGCAGAAGGCAGAACUCUUACGUGCGAAACAGGAUGUGAUGAAUCGCAUUAUCCAAAUGGGAGAAAAGAGCCGUGAAGUCGAAAGAAAUACCAAGCGUCUGCAACAAGACGAGUUGACUUUGGUCAGCGAUUUUCGAACGGCUAUAUCGAAACUCGCAUCAUCCGAACAGUACGAUCUAAUUAGAUCAGCACUCUUAGCUUUGGAAAAUGAAAAUCAGCAAUUUUGCGAAGAGGAAAAGGAAAAAUCGGAUGCAGGAAGAUUUGACGCUAAAGGCAAGAAGGCCAGCGAAAAUGAUCGGCAGAUCGAGCUGCAUCGAAGAAUUGCAGAGCUCGAGGAGGAAAAUCGGAGCCUCACAGCAAGUAUGGAAGAGUUGGACGUACAGAAUGCUGAAUCCAUUGAUCGCAUUUUGACGCUGAAAGAAGACUUACAAAAGAAACACCAAUCUCUCCAAAAAGCAUACGAGCAACUUUACGUAGACUACAACCAAGCUUUGUCUACUAUUGAAAAUCUCAAACAAGAGAUGUCACAAUUCAAGUUUUCAAAUGCACUAGAAAAAGAUUCUGUAGAUUGUUCGGUCCAAACAUUGGUUCAUCAAAAAGUAGACAAAGAAACUGAAAUUAUUUUGAUAAAAGAAGAUAAAGAGACCGAGGCUAAUUUUCUUCAAGAACGCGAACAAAUUGAUACAAUUUUGCUAAAAGAAGAUAAGGAGAUCGAGACGGACUUGAAUUUUGAAGACUACAUUGGUGUGCAAGAUGAAAUAAUCAAAGUAAAAGAUAUCUUGAAAAAUGUCAUACUUGAGCCUUCCGAUAAUGAACGAGACGAACCAAUUUUCAUCAACUUGGCUCAAAAAUAUGUAGACCUUCAAUGGAAAAAAGACGCUUUAGAGCGCAAACUUGCAGAGCAAAGUCGCGAGUUGAAAGAAAGUCAAGACAUGCGCGAGUCGCUCCAAGUAGAUUACGAAGACAUGCAAGCAAAUAUGGAAUCAUUACUUCUUCAGAUUCAGCACCUCAAGUCCAAUUUGCCUUCAAUACCAGAAGCGAGUGAAGAGCGCGUAGCCAGUCUUGAAACAGAAACCGAAUCACUUCAAGAAGAAAUACAAACUUUGCGAAAGUCCAACUUGGAAAUGACGUCCGAGUUGAAAGCUAUCAGAGCUGCUAUAAAAGAAUCAGGAUCGCACGUCGAUUUAGACAAAAUCGAAGCUUUACUUGAAAGCAAAUUAAAGAAUAAUGAGUCGAAAGACGCCAGUGACUUAUUACAAAUAACUUUGGACGAGAACACGGCUUUAAGAAGGCGAAUAGAUGUACUAGAAAGCGAGCUCAGAGUAUCCUUAGAAAGAUGUAAAGGUUUGGACGAGAAUAUCGAACUUAUUGAGGAACUCAAGCUCGACUUGGAAAAUGUCAGACGCGAACUUAAGAUUGCCUUGUCUAACAAUAAACGUUUAGAAAAUGUUUUGUCCAUUGCACAAGAAGCUAAAAAUGAGGCGGAUGCUGACAAUGAGAUCCUCUCAAGAGAAAAGGAACAGCUUGAAGCUGAUCUAAAACUACUGCGGGAAUCAGAUCUUAACAGGAAUGAUGGCACGACUCUUGGAGAAUUACAUGAAGAGUUGAAAAAGGCAAGAGAAGAAAACAAUGAUUUGGAAUACGAUAUCAAAAAUAUGAGAAACGAACUAGAUCAAACUAUCGAACAAUUAGAAAUUAUUAAAACAGAGAAUGAGAAAAUGAGUCUGCAUAGUGAACGAUUGAUCAGAGAAAACAACAAACUCUUAGAUCAAUUUACUGAAACUCAAAAUGAAAGCUUGGAUAAAAUUGAACUUCUUAAUACAGAAAUGUCGUUAUUACAACAAGAUUUGGAAAGUAGCAAAGAAGAGCUUCUGCUUGCUAAUAAAAAUCUAAAUGAAGCAGAGCAAAAGAUAUCAGCAUUAACAGAUAUAAACAAUGAGUUGAAUGAUCAAUUACAAAAUCUAAAAAACGUUCAAAAUGAAAAAUUGAUGUUGAAGAAAGAGUUAGAUGAAAUGUUGUUGCAAAAGAGUAUAAAUAAUAGCCGGAAUGAGUUAGACAGCGUUUUGAAACAAUUGCAAGAAUUGGAAAAGAAACUGCUGAUAUGUGAAAAUCAAAAUAAACAAUUACAGAAUGAACUUCAAAGAACUGAAAAUAUUAACAUGGAAAAUCAAAAAUUGAGAAAAGAAAUUGAAGAAAAACAAUUGGAAAUUAUGAAGGUUGAACAAGCAGUUGAAGCUAUGGGUACACAAUCGAAGUGUAAUGAAAAUUAUAUUGCGACUUUAGAAGAUGAAAAUCGAAUACUAGAAGGCAAAUUAAUACAAAUGGAUAUUCUCCAACAGGAAUACGAUAAAUCGAAUAAAGAAAUUGAGGAACUUAAACAGCAAUUGGACUUAGUUGAAAGGCAGAAAGAAAUAGAAAUAAAUACUCAAAAAGAAUUGAUUUCUCGGUACCAAAAUGAGAUGGAUACAUUGAAAACAUUUGAGAGUGAAAAUAAAAAAUUAAAAGCAGAAUUCGAAAAAUUAUUAGUACCAAAAUGUAAUGUUGAAGUUAAUACCGAAAAUUUACUGAUUGAGCAAACUUCGCCAACAGGAACAGAAGCAUUCAACCAAGAUCGUACAUGUUUAAUUAGUGAAUUGGCUGAACAAUCAAAAGAAAUACAAAAUUUAAAAGCAAUCAUAGCAAAAGAUAAAGAAUCUGCACUCAUGGCUCGAGAAACAGUAGAAAACUUGUCGCAGCUGAUAAGUUCUAAAGACAACGAGAUCAUAAAAAUGAAUUCAUGUUAUGAUACAUUGAAAUGUGAACGAGAUGAACUUAUUAAGCUUGUUCAAGAUAAACACAAUGAAAGUCUCCAAUAUCAUUCUGAAAUUCAAAGAUUAACUCAAUUACUUAAUGAGCAGACUAUUAAAACGCAAAAAUUAAUUGCCGAAAGAGAUGCUAAUUCAGCUGCUUAUGACGCAAAAGAAUCACAACUAUUAUGGACCCAAAAUGAGCUGCAAGUCGUUAAACAAAGAAUCCAGAAUAUCGAAGAGACAAAUAAUCAUGGAGAACGUUGCGGUAUAGCUGAACAUACUCUUCUAAGUAAGCAGGUCAUGGUAUUGGAAGAAAAGAAUAAAACAUUGGAAGCAGUCAUAUUACAAGACCAAUCCAAUAUUAAGUACUUGCAAGAACAAUUAGCAGACUUACAAACUAGAGAAACAUCUUUACAAAAAGAUAUAGAACGAUUGAGAAAUCAUCUCGUUGAAAAAGAAGCAAGUCAUACUGAAGAAGCUCUUCAAUCUGAAGAAAUUCUUAAAACUCUAGAAAUAAAGCUAAUGCAAGCCGAGGAAAAGUUGAAAAAUAGCUCGACAAUGUACACUUCAGUAAGUGUUAGAGCAAAUCAACAAGUUGAAACCCUCCAACAGCAACUCGCUUUGAUUGUGCAACAAAGAGAUGAAUUACAAAAUAAAAUAUCUGCUACGGAAGAUAAAGUAUUAUCUUAUUCGGCUUCUCUUACCAAUUUACAAUUAGUGUUAGAACAAUUCCAAAGAGAUAAAGAAAAAGAUAUUCAAGCUGCAACAGAAAAACUACAAAUCCAGUUAUUCGAAUCGUCAAGAAGACACGAUGAACUUACAAAGCAGAUUCUUUAUUUGCAAGGCCAAUUAUCAGAAGCCCAAGAUUGUUUGAAAGCAGCAACAAGAUUAACGGAACAACUUAAUAAGAAAUCAGAGCGAAUCGAGCAACUUAAUCAAGAAGUCAUUCGGUUAACAAAGCUAGUAGAAACUGCUGAUCAGAGAAUUCAAGAAUCACAGAAAAGUGGAGAGGGCAAAGUUGACAGGUUUCUCAUUAAAAAUCUAUUAGUUGGUUAUAUUUCAUCUCCACCAAAUGACAAAACAGCGGUUUUACGCGUAUUUGCCAAUGUUCUCGAUUUUAAUGAAAUGGAACGUGAGAAAACUGGUUUGAAUACUUCUUCUGCUAAGAACAGUUGGUUUUCCUCAAUGAUUAAUAGCAGUCCUACUCCUACCAAGGAACAAGAAACAUCUUUAUCAUCAGCAUUCAUUAAAUUUUUGGAAAGUGAAUCUCAGCCAAAACCACAACUACCACCUUUGCCAAUUUCAAAUUCUCCUAUCAGUAGGCCUGGCCACAGUAGACAACAUUCUUCUUCUUCUACUCAAUCAGCACUUUUACUGUCAAACGUUACACUUCCAACAUUCCCAGAUUUUGUGCCUGCAAGAAAUACAGGAUCAAUCUUGAAGGAAGUUCUUAAAGAUAGCUGAUAUUAAAUAGCAAAGCCAUUUGAAGCCAUGAUUUUUUGUGUUGAAAUUUUUACUUAAUUUUAUUUGCUAAAAAAGUUGAAAAUGUUGGUUAUAAAUUAUACUGUAAUUAAUAUUUGUAUAUAGACAUUCUAGAGUCAAAAAUUGUAAUAUAAUAAUCGUAAAUAUAUCAAGAAAUGGAAAUAUAACUUUUAUAAGAAUAG